AUGUGGCGUCUGAUGUUGAAGUGUUUUUCGACGAUCGACAUGUCGUUUCUUCCCUGCACUCUCUCACACCUCCGCUGUGCGAUCUGGUCGACAAACGUACACAACAAGGUGUUCGACGCCGGGGACAAGCUCUUCAUCGCCCUCGACGAGGAGGGCGGCAGUGCGGCGCAAGAUGGUAGCAUCGGCGACUCGUCAGAGGCACAGGCGAAGGAGGGCGAGGGGGAGGAGGACGGGGGGAAGCAGGCUUUUCGUCUAACGAGAAAGGUGGUCGUGAGAGACGAGUACGUCCACAGCGGCGAAGACGACGAGAUAUUCCUCGUGGAUCAUGCAUGGACUUUCCAGGCAGGCAGCGCCCGCGAGCAGCUCCGGUCUUGCGAGCCCCUACUUGAACGAAUGGCGGCACUGAUGCAAGUCCAGCCGUCCCUCGCCGCCAGGAGGAACAACAACAAGGGGCUAGCGGAGGCCAAGAAGAGCGUCACCGGCGAAGGCGUAACGGAUGCCGAGGGGGACAGGGGGCGACAAGAAAGCGGCAGGGAUGAACGCUGCCGCGAGAGGGAGGGGGGCAAGGCGCGAGUCCUUGAGGGGGUCUUGGCCGCGCUGCCGACAUUUUCGAAGAGAUACGGGCUGGGCCGAGCGGGGAUGUACGCCUCGUACGUGAACGACGAGCUGGGCAGCGCGUUCCGUCACAGCGAGAAGCCCAACUGCCAGAUGUCUCUCUUCAUGUUCAGCAGCCCGAGCGCCUCCGUCGGCGGCGGCGGCGGUGGCGGCGGAGGUGUCAUCGCGUACUCCGUCCUGUGGCCGCUGCGGCGCCUGCGGGCGUCUGAGGAGGCCACCCUGGACCUCUUGCGGUCGACGGCCUGGGCAGGGGCAACGAGCGUCGCGGCUCGCGGGGCCUUCGUCCGCGGGCUUCGUCUUCCGUGCUCCCUGGACCGACACGAGUUUCCGGCAGGUACCCACACCCACCACCACGCCGACCACGAGUCCCUGAGCCUGCCCCGAGACCGCCUCGCCAAACGACAUCGCCGCAUGGACGCCUCGGCGAACGAGUACCGUGCCCGGCUUGCCGCCACUGCUAUCGCCGCCACCACCGCCACCGGCACAGUAACGCCGGCGGCGCCUGUCGCCGUGCAAGCUCCCGUCCCCCCACCUCCCCCAUCGUCCGGCGUGGGCGCUGCUGCACUUUCUCCGCCUGCCCGUGGGAGAGGGGAUGGGCGGGGCGGGGCUCCGCCGUUGUCGGUGUGGACGGAUUUGCCAUACCUUUCGGACGGGGAAACGGGGUUGACACGUCCGGAGUUGCGCGUGUUGGAUUGCGGACUGGCGGCGGCGGCGUCACCCAGAGAUGCCGACAUCGUGUGGGCCUCGAGCUCGAUCGACCCGGAGUUCCAGGCUGCUAUGGGGCCGCCCGAAUCAAUGGACGUUCUUCGAGCAUCGGAUACUGGCCCUAAGGUGGCCCAGCUGUACCUGUCUCGCCCGCUGCUCUGGAAGCGCCGCAAGUUCGACCUCAGGAUAGUCGCCCUGCUGGUAAGCACCCACCCCCUCGAGCUGUACGUGCACGACUGCUACUGGCCGAGAGUCGCCGAACGGCCCCACGAAACGGAACCACCCGAGAGGAACGACCUGCGACGAGGAGAGGACGUGUUGCUGUCGCAGCUGGAGGACCCCCGGGUUUCGCUCACGGCGAUGCACCUUCUCCAAGGGCGGGAGGGGGGGCAAGGAGGCACCGCGUGCCACCCUGAUCACGAGGAUUUUGCCCGAGAAAUGAACGACGCGGUCUCCCAGCGACACGUGGGGGCCACCUGGGACGACGUGAUGGCCAAGACAAGGUGGGGCGUUUAUCUCGGACGUUCAAGGGUCAUCAUCGUGCCAUGCCAGCCUUUUCCUCUGAGACCCUGUCGCACGCAUGGAACGCACCCGUCAAAGUGCGAGUCGUCGAGGGCUAUGAUUCUCUCCGUCUUCCGGGCGGCGACUCGCCAGCAGCCCGGCAUGAGGAACGGUUCCGCCCGAGCGAUGUACGGUUGCGACGUGAUGGUGACGGCGGCCCUGGAGCCCCGGCUGCUGGAGGUGACGUUCUCCCCCGGGAAUCUGGCCGCUUCUCCCGCCUGGACUGUUCAGCGGCCGGACUUCUUGAACGAGGCAUUCGGUUGCCUCUUUCUGGGGGAGCAGAAAAACGUGACCCGCUUGGCAUGACGACGAGAGGACACACACAGGGGGGCCCAGCCCUACCCGCAUAACACCGACGCUACUCCCUAAUUGGUGUGUCGCCCGGGAUGGCCACCUCAUACGCUCGGCGUCGGCAGGGAAAAUAUCCUCGGCGGCCUUGUAUGCCUUGCUUGAGGCGUCACAUCACGAGUUCGAUAUUGUACUGCUGCUGGGUAAGUAUUGUCGCGAGGGAGGAAGAGAUGCUCUGGGCAUCGUUCGUGGUGGGAUAACGCAUCAGGUGGAACGAACGAGGAAGACGACAAGCAGAACGUUCGCUGCGGGAUGGAACACCUCGCCACCGCAAAGUGUACUUUCAUGACCAUGGUAAUGGCCAUGACCUUUGGUGCUUGGUGGUGGUUGGUCCCCCUCGCUCGAAAGUCUGCGGGUGUCUAGGAAUCCCAAUCCCCGCCAGGUAUCUAGAAUUCUACCGACAAAAUCAUGAGGGAGAACGCAAUCUCGAAGUCAGCCCCUUUAAUAGAGUGAUUGAAGUUUUUAGUUUGCAUCGGGGAGAUUGUCUGCCAUCGGUUGUCGAGGCUGACGAGCAUGGGCUCCGCCAGUUCGGAAACUUAAGGACAACAGACGGGUUCCCCCAUGCCCGCUCUUGUGAGGGUCUGUCACCAAGGCGCUUUUUCCGCACGCAAGAACUGAAUGCAGGUCACCUGCAUCCUCGAGGCCAGUCCAAUGGAAUCUAAAGCAGCACUCCAGUACUGCUGCUGCAGUGUCCCAUCUCUUCUGAACGAUGGCGGCAACACCGAGAGAGUGACAGAGGGGGUUUCACGAUGCUUACGGUGCCAACAUAAGACGUGGAAACUACUGGAGUGAAAGCUUGACUGAACUGGCAUGCAGCAGCAGCAGCAGCAACUUUGCAUGCAUGACCGUAUCCUGCUUCAACCCAGAGACAGAACCUGGGAGUUGUUCGUCGAUUCUACUGUUACCGCUGCUGUUCUGGGGGUCUAUACAGGCUUUCCAUGAAAAUAUUUCCGCAUACUCGCCACGACUUCGCAUUCGGCUGCUAGCGUUGCUUUUGUUGUCGUCUUCACAAACAAACGUCUAUGGUACAUCUUUAGCUACUCCCCCCCCCCCCCGCGUGCACCGUAGAACCAAGGGAACUCUUGGGGCCCUCCAAAGGCCUAAGGCCCCAACCAUAUCAAGCACAUCCACACCUAACGUUACAGCUACAUGGGUCUACAAAACAUAACCACCACAGAAAGACCGAGACACUACGUUACACUCGCGAAAAUGACCACCCUCCCGCUCUUCGCCCGGCCUCGAACACUC